AUGCCUAUUCUGACUUGGUUGGGGGAUCCACCUUCACAUACCACUGGUACAACAUUUGGGGUGCCUUGGGAGCAGGGUCGAUACUUGCCCGGCUGCGGUAGUCUCGUUUGUUUCGACUCCAACCGCCAACGAUUGCCUUUGCAAUCUUGGAUUAAUGCAUACUGGCCAGAUGGAUCGAUCAAAUGGACUGGGCACGCACUGCCAGGAGUAUCCAAUUACCCUGCUCGCAUCUCGGUUGAAUACAGGUCGUCGACACCCUUCCAUUCGAAAGAAAACUCUGUAAGACACGACCUGUCGGUCUGUCGAAUAAAGGUGAACUCAGCUUCAGAAAGCUUGGAUGUAGAUACUGGCAAGAUCAAGAUAGUGCAUUCUGGAACUGGGAAGGUUGUCGCCCAGCAAGGUCACUUGAUAUAUCAGCACCAAUCUUCAAUGGCAGUCGAUGAAGAAACAUCUUACAACAACAACAUCAGUCAUUAUACAUUGAAAGGGGAAAUAGAAAAUGUCGAGAUUGAGCACAAAGGCCCCUACAGAAUAGUUGUACGUAUUGAAGGAAAAUAUCAGCGGCCGGCAUCAUUGGAUGAGACUCCUUCUGCAGCAUCUGGAUGUCUACCUUUUAUUUUACGGUUUUAUCUGUACGCAAAUUCAGACACGAUACGUCUUGUUCAUACCAUAAUCUACGAUCGGAAUCCAGAAGAACACUUUAUUCGAGGUAUUGGCAUCCGAUUCCAGAUUCCUUUGAAAGAUGAGCCCCAGUAUGACCGACAUGUAAGAUUCGCAGGUGAAGAUGGAAUCUUCCACGAAGCCGUGCAGAAUGUCACUGGAUUGUGGAAGGAUCCUGGCAUUGAUAUCCGGAUGUCACAGAUUUCUGGUCGGCCAACGCCGGCCCUUGAUCAAUGGAACACAGACUUCGGAUCCGGUUUACGAUGGGUCCCUAAGUGGAAUGACUUCACACUGUUGCAACUAUCUCCCGACGGGUAUACCAUGAGGAAAAGAACAAACAGUGGAAAUAGCUGGGUGAAUAUUCCUGGCGGGACAAAAGCCAACGGUCUUGUCUAUCUUGGAGGAUCACACAACGGGGGUUUGGGUAUCGGGAUGCGCUAUUUUUGGGAGAGGUAUCCUACGCAACUGGAUAUCAGGAAUGCAGCCACGGACCUUGGAGAUGUCACCUUAUGGAUUUAUAGUCCUGCAGCAGGCCCGAUGGACAUGCGUCCUUAUCACGACGGACUGGGUGAAAAGACAUACGAUGACCAGCUAGACGCGAUGCGGAUAACAUAUGAAGACUGGGAGCCGGGCACUGGAACGCCGUAUGGUAUAUCCCGGACAAAUGAGAUAUAUCUAUAUGCAUUUGAUAACACGCCUAGUACUGCAGUGUUGUCAAAACUUGUUAGCAAUAUGCGUGAUACGCCGCUUCUUAUUGCAGACUCGGAAUAUAUUCACAGCACGAAAGCAUUUGGACAGUACUGGAAACCGUUCUUGACAUCAAUUCACACAAUUACAGAACCGAUCCCGAAAGCUCAGGAUAUCCUGCGCAACCUCGAAUUUUUAUUCAAUUUCUAUCAGACGCAAAUUGCGCAACGGCGGUGGUAUGGCUUCUGGGAUCAUGGGGAUAUAAUGCAUACGUAUGAUGGAGACAGACACACCUGGAGGUAUGAUGUUGGAGGAUAUGCUUGGGACAAUUCAGAACUGUCUCCGGACCUGUGGCUUUGGCUUUACUUUCUUUGCACGCAGCGAGCAGAUGUUUAUCGUGUCGCUGAAAGCCUAACUCGACACACCUCCGAGGUCGACAUGUAUCAUUUGGGUCCAUAUAAAGGCCUUGGAACAAGACAUGGAGUCCAACACUGGAGCGAUAGCUGUAAACAAGGGCGGGUCUCCAAUGUACUAUAUCGGAAGUUUUUUUAUUACCUGACAGGUGGGGAUGAAAGAACUGGUCAGAUAAUACGAGAGACGCUUGAUUCAGAAAAGACAUACUUCACACUGGAUCCCUACAGAAAGGUCCGCAAGGAUAGGAGCAGAGUGACUCUAGAGCCAGAAAAAGGGGUUUUGAUCUCAUUGGGCACCGAUUGGUCGGCACUUGCAGGUGCGUGGAUGAUGGAAUGGGAGAGGAAAGGCUCGGAAUGGAAGAAAUACCGAGAGAAGUUAUUUAACUCCAUCAAGGGAAUUAAUUCUCUAACGAAUGGGUUUGUUACUGGCCAGGCACUUUUGCAUAUACAGAGUGGUGGAAUUAGCCCACCUCCAAGCGAUCCACAGAAUGCUGGAAUUGUGCAAGUAGGUCAUCUGUCGGCCAUGUUUGGUCUUGUCGAGACAUGUGCGGAACUCCUCGAUCUGGAAUUGUAUGAACAAAUUGAGCACACGAUACUUAAUGAUUUUCGAUCCAAGUGGCUAGAUUACUGCAUGUACUACAAUGCACGAAGUGACGCUCAAGUCUCUCGAUAUGGUGUCGCCUUUCCCAAACUAAUACUUCGGCAAGGCCACUCCCGAUUGACUGCAUAUGUGGCUCGUACACUGGGAAAGGAAGAGCUUGCGCGACGUGCGUGGAAGGAGUUUUAUGAAGGAGAUGGGUAUGAAGCUUCAUUGCCCUGGACUGCAGAGCACAAAUCUGGGAGUGAAUUUCCGGUUCCUAUGGAUGAAGCCAGCUGGGUAUCUACCAAUAUCACGGCAUUGUAUGGACUGGCAGCUAUUCAGAAUAUUGCUUUUGUUGCUCAGUACCUGAUGACAUAG